AUGGCCCAAACUCAACCAGGAAACUACACCCAAGGCCACUCCCACCAUACCACAGCAACCCACCAAGCCCGCACCGCCGAAGUCGACGCCGCCUUUCUGCUCCCUUACAUCAAAAAGACAGACCACAUCCUCGACGUCGGCUGCGGACCCGGCACCAUCACCACAGGGCUCGCCAAGUACGCCCCCGAAGGUGCCACAAUCGGCAUUGACAUUUCCACUGCCGUGCUAGACAAAGCCAAAACCCUAGCCGCCGCCGCCAACGCCCCUACCCAGGGUCCGGGCUCUGUAGUGUUUGAGGAAGGAAAUGUCCUCGAGCGGCUGAAAUACGCGGAUGACUCGUUCGACAUUGUGUAUGCGUCCCAGGUCUUCGGCCAUUUCCCGCCGCCUGAAAUGCCGCUGAGCGCGCUCGUCGAGAUUAGACGGGUUCUGAAACCCGGCGGGAUUGUGGCGACGCGGGAUGCCGCUUUUCAAAGGUUUUACCCGUCGGAGUCGCAGCUGGAUAGGUUGUGGAGCGCGAAUUUGAGACGGGGGCUGUUUAAGGGGGAUGCGGAGGUGGCACAGACAGGGCCGAUGAUGCCGGCGCUGAUGCGGAAGGCUGGGUUUGAUGCUGAUGGGGGGAAGGUCAAGGUGGGCGCGGGGAGUACGGUGUUUGCGGGGCAGGAGACUAGGAAGUGGUUGGCCUGGCGGGUUGGUGGGCAGCUCAAGGAGGGCGAUCCGUUUCGGCAGAGUUGGUUGGAUGCUGGGAUUACAGAGGAGGAGAUUCAGGAGACGCUGAGGGCCGUGGAGGCGUGGGCUGUCACAGAUGAUGCUUGGUUUGCGUCGUUGCAGUGCGAGAUGCUGGCGUGGAAGUGA